AUGAACCCCCACCAGCAGAACAAGGUCGAUGUCAGCAAAAUGUCAGAGCAGGAGGCCAAACUCUUCCGUCUCUAUGGCAAGCUUCCCAACAAGAAGGACCUGCUCCAGAACAAGCUGAAGGAGCGCAAGUACUUUGACAGCGGCGACUACGCCCUCUCCAAGGCUGGCAAAGCUGGUGACGUCGGUGUCACCCAAGUUGGUCGCGAGCACCCCAACCCCGAGAAGAUCCCACACAUCGCCCCGCCCACCCCAACCGGUCAGAAUGGCAACGGCAACGGCAACGGCAACGGCCAUGGAAAUGGCAGCAUCAGCGGCCAGGGCGAGCUAGCAGGUAGCCCUGUCAAGGAACACACCUUCUUGCACCGCGAGACCAGCCUGAACCGUGAAACAUCGGCCUCCGAUUUCGAGAACAACGAGAACAGCGAGGCUCAGGGAGGCGCAGUUAAGGCAUAG